CACUCCAAGUCUCCAACGCUAUUUUCAAUAGGCCAUAACUUCACUAUUCUGAAACGUUCUCCAGUGGCUUAUUUAAUUAAUUACUCCAGUAAGAAGACUUUGAAAGUGGUUCAUAGAUGCAUAAUAACAAAGAUACAUAUUGAUGAUGUACUGUGUUAGUUGACUUUUAUUCAAGAUCUUCAUAACAAACACCAAUGGCUGAAAUAUCUUCAUACCCAUCUCUAUUCAUAUUACCAAUCUUUCUCAUAUUCAUCUUCAAAUUCUGGGUUCAAAGAAUCAAAAGAUCAUCACUUAAACUUCCUCCAAGUCCACCAAGUCUUCCAUUUAUAGGCCAUUUACACCUUCUAAAAGACCCAAUUCAUAGAACUUUACAAAAAAUCUCAGCAAAAUAUGGUCCUAUAAUCUCCCUUAAAUUUGGAACUCGUCUUGUAGUAUUAGUCAACUCUCCAUCAGCUGUUGAAGAAUGCUUCACCAAAAACGACAUCGUUUUCGCCAACCGUCCUCUUCUUCUCAUGGGAAAAUACCUUGGUUACAACUUCAAUACAAUGGUUACUGCACCAUAUGGUGAUCAUUUUCGUAACCUUCGCAAAAUUAGUUUUCUCGAAGUUUUGUCAACCAACCGUCUUAACAUGACGGUUGGUAUUAGAAGAGAUGAAAUGAAGCAAAUGAUUAGUAAAAUGUAUGAAAGUUCAAGCAUUAGUUAUGUUAAAGUUGAGCUAAAAUCGGUGUUUCGAGUUUUGGUUUUUAAUAUCUUACUUAGAAUGCUUGCUGGUAAGAGAUACUUUGGUGAAGGUGUGGUGGAUGUUGAAGAUGCUGAGCGAUUUACUGAUAUAAUUAAGGAGAUUCUUGAGUUUGCUGCUGCUUCAAAUCCUGCAGAUUUUUUGCCUAUAUUAGGAUGGAUUGAUUAUGGUGGUUAUAUUAAGAGGAUUAAACGUCUUGCAAAGAAGACUGAUACUUUUCUGCAAGGUCUUGUUGAUCAACAUAGAAGGGUGUUAUCUAGUUCAGAAGAUGAAGAAAGUAUGAUUAACCGUCUGCUUAAGUUGCAGGAAUCAGAUCCAGAUUAUUACACUGAUGAAACCAUUAAAGGACUUAUAUUAGUUCUACUAGUUGCUGGGACAGACACUUCCUCAGCAACGAUGGAGUGGGCAAUGUCGCUCCUACUCAACAAUCCUCAUGUUAUGAACAAACUUAAAUCCGAAAUAGAUAUUCAAAUCGGACAAGAUGAAUUGAUCAAUGAGCUAGAUCUUCCAAAAAUACCUUAUCUUCAAAAUGUCAUCUUAGAGACACUUCGGUUGUUUCCCUCAGUCCCCCUUCUACUACCACAUAUGUCAUCCGAUGAAUGUCAGAUCGGUGGGUUUGAUAUACCAAGUGAGACCAUGUUAAUGGUUAAUGCAUGGGCUAUUCAUCGAGACACACAUCAAUGGGAUGAGCCUACACAGUUUAAGCCAGAGCGUUUCGAGAAGGGAGAUGUUAUUGAUCAGUAUAAGUUGCUGCCUUUUGGUGUGGGAAGGAGAGCUUGUCCUGGGGCGAACUUGGGUAAUCGAAUGGUGGGUUUGGCUUUGGGAUCGUUGAUCCAAUGCUUUGAUUGGAAAAGAGUUGGUGAUGAUGAAGUAGAUAUGGCUGAAGGUCGAGGGCUUAACAUGCCAAAAGCACACCCUCUUGAGGCCUUGUGUAAAGCUCGACCAGUAAUGAGUAAAAAUCUUUGAUCUCCUAAAUGUUGAUGUUUGUGUAUGUGAAGCUAAGAGAGCCUUAGUUUGUGUUAAUAUGAGUAUCGUAUUUGUACAAAUUCUAAGCUUAGUACUAGUUUGUGUUAAUAUGAGUAUCGUAUUUGUACAAAUUCUAAGCUUAGUACUUAAUUUCUUAUUGCAUACAUGAGCAAUGCAGUUUGUUACAAUGAAUUUGAACAAUUUUGGAAUGAUUUAUACAAAUGCAACUGCAAGGCAUACUCUGAA